AUGAGCUUUCGACGUUCGUCGACACGUGUUAAACCACCCAAAGCAACAAUUAAAAUACUUUGUGUUGGUGAUGGAAAAACGUGUUUGUUAACCGUCUUUGCAACAAAUGAAUUUCCCUCGGCUUAUGAGCCAACUGUUUUUGAUAAUUUUGCUUGUGUUAUGAAUCGAAAUUCAAAAACAUCGUAUAAUCUUGAAUUGUUUGAUACAGCUGGUCAAGAAGAAUGGGAACAACUUCGUCGAAUGAUGUAUGCCAAUACAGACGUAUUUUUAGUAUGUUAUUCAUGUAUGCAACCAUCUUCAUUUGAUAAUGUCGAAAAAAAAUGGAUACCUGAUGUUCGCAGUCAUGACCCAUCAAGUCUUGUCGUUCUUGUUUCACUUUGUAUUGAUUUACGUACAAAUAACAAUUCAAUGAAUUCUCAAACUGAUCUUGUAUCAUUACCUAUGAUAACAACACAACAAGGUUCAGAAUUAGCUAAACGUUUAAAAUGUAAUGCAUUUAUUGAAUGUUCAUCAGUACUUCGGUUUCAUGUUCGAGAAGUAUUUGAAUGUGCUAUUGAUGUAUUUGAACGUGAUUAUCAACGAUACUCUGAUCAAUAUUGUCAUGAUCAUCGUAAAUGUCAUACAUGGAUAUGUUGUCUUAUGUGUUGUUCAUCAAAAAAACAUAAACAACAAAACAACAAAAAUGAUAAGUCAGAUCAAUAUUCUUACAAUCCAGAAUGA